AUGAAGGAUAGGUUAAAUGAUCUACAGGCAACCUUCGUUAAAAAGUCAUCGAUUGACGAUGAUCAGGAAACUGACCGUCUCAUUCCGGAAGAUUGGAAGGAAGUCGAUGAUUUUCUGGCUCACGUAACGAAAGUCAAUAAGUGUUUGGAAAGAUUAGAAGCACUUUUGAUUUCAUUAAAAAAACAUCAAAACACUAUUCUCAGUGAUCCAGUUGUCGAUCAAAAAUGUUUCCAACAGUUCGAUGAAAUGAAUGCUACCUUUUGCGAUGAAUGCAAAAUGGUCAACAAAGAUGUCAACGCUUUGGACAGAGACGCGGAGAAGGCUGUAGCCCCUUCUGCUGAGAGUAGAAUCAAGAAAAGUCAGAUGAUCACUCUCAAAAAGAGGCUUUCUCAAGUGGUCACUAAAUAUCAUUCUGACCAAAUGGAAUACCAGGAGAAAUUGAAGAAAAUCACUUUGCACACUUUGGAAAUAAAAGGGUUUAAAGACGUCACCGAAGACGUUGUAAUGGCUGCCAUUGAAAGUGGUGAUCUUAGUGGAUUAACCAAAGGAUUAGUCCUUGGGGAAGCCGGUAAGAAAGCUUUGUAUGAGGAAGUCAAAACUCGAAGAGAUGAGUUGAGAAAGCUCGAAGACAGUGUAAGGGAGUUGCAUGACCUUUUCCAUGACUUGUGUCUGUUAGUUCAAAGCCAGGGAGAUAUGAUCGAUAACAUCGAAGCCAAUGUAGAAGCUGCCGGAGAGUAUGCUAAUAAAGCAAAAGCGAACGUGAUUGGAGCAAGAGAAUUGCGGAGAAAAGCGAACAAGAUGAAAAUAUUCAUGUGCUGUGGUCUGACAAUCUUAGUCAUAAUCUUGUUUAUUGUUUUACAAGGACUAGUCUGUCAUUUCACACCAAUAUGCUGA